CUGGUUUUUUCAAAAAUCUCACAAAUAAAGUAUGCAUAUCGGUGGGAUGACGUAAUCAGCACAUGACGAGGCAAUUUGCGUAGCAAUUCCAAUCACACCGGCAUUAUGUAACUUCCAUUUCGGCGGAAACUUCCCUUCGGACUUAGAAAUGGCUUCCUCGUGUUCACAACUAAAAACAAAAGUCUCUGCCUGUGCUCCUACUGAAUCAGGAAACAAAUUGACCUUUGGAGUGUCGGUAACGUUCACGCGCCCUUCGGAAAUCACGGGACCGAAAUUGACCUGAAUAGUCCUUAUCGGUACAUAUCAGUUUACCUUUGGUUGAAAUGUUGCUUGAACUACCCGUCUUUUGCAGUACAAACUAAGGUAAAAUACUGCAGUUUGCAAGCGAUUCUUCAUCCCUCGUACGAUAACUUUCUCAUUUGACGGCGGAUAUAGUACCAUCGGUCACGUAAUUAGAAACAUGGCAAACGGGGAAUUUGCUUCAAAGGGAGCUUGUUGUGUUGUUGGUUGUAAGAAAAUUGCUUUCCUUCUAACUUUUGGAAUUUUGCUCGUGAUAGCAGGAGUAACUCUAUAUUUUGAGAUGGAUCGCUAUAUUCAGAAUAAGAUAAACGAUAAUUUAGUGCUCAAACCAGGUUCAAGUGUUGCCAAGGAAUGGAUAAAUCCUUCAGUGCCAAUAUACCUACAAUUCUAUAUUUUUGACAUAUCGAAUCCAAUGGAGGCGAAGCAAGGAAAGCGACCGUACCUUCUUCAGAAAGGUCCGUACUCAUACCGAGAGCACAGGCCGAAACAGAACGUAACAUGGAAUUCAAAUACAGAAACAGUGACUUACAAUGAGAAAAUGUCGUUCGUCUUCGAUGCAGAAACAUCUUGUGAUACCUGUGAUCCCUUUACUGAUAUCGUAACUACAGUAAAUAUUCCAUUAGUUACAUUGGCGGAAGCAGCUGGUAAAUUACCAAAGAUUGCGCGAGACGCUAUAUCACUUAUCUUUGAUGGUUUUCAGGAGAAACUGUAUACAAAAAGGCGCGUCCAAGAUUUACUUUGGGGUUACCCUGAUCCAAUAUUCAAGGAGUACAAUGAUUUAAGAGACGAUCUUCCGAAGUUUUUGCAGAAAUAUCUUCCUGAGGUACCUUUCAUAAUAGCCCUUCAACAGAAUAACACUUAUGACGGUGUGACCAGUGUAUUUACUGGCAAGACUGAUAUCAGCAUGUUGGUGCACUGGAUGGAUUGGAAAGGUAUGACAGAGCUCCAGGUUUGGAAAACCAGAUAUGCAAACAUGAUAAAUGGAACAGAUGGCUCUCAAUUUGCUCCAGGAAUAAGCAAAGAUGAUACACUGUAUGUGUUUGUUACACAACUGUGUCGUUCGCUGUACUUUACUCAUGUAACAGAGAGUGAUGUCCAUGGUAUUGAGGCCCUUCAAUUUACUGUCCCUUCAAAGGCCUUUUUGAAUGCCUCUGCAAAUCCAGACAAUGAAGGGUUUUGCACAAAAAAAUGUUACCCAUCUGGUAUUUUGGAUAUUGGUGUAUGUCAGCCACCCUCCCCUAUAGCAAUACCCCUGUUUAUUUCAGCACCACAUUUCUACUUAGGGGACAAAUCCCUUCUCAAGCCACUAGAAGGUCUUUCUCCAAAUAAAGCGGAUCAUGGCACUUUUCUUAACAUAGAACCUCACAUAGGAAUAUCAUUGAGGAGCAGCAAGCGACUUCAAAUCAAUGUGAAAGUUGAACCUGUGGAUGGCAUUUCUCAGACAUCUGGAAUCCCAAGCAUGUUUUUUCCUGUCUUGUAUAUAAAUGAGACAGCAACUAUUGACAGUGCAACAGCUGAGAAGCUGAAGAGUCAGGUGCUAUCCAAGUUCACUCUAGUUCAUGCCAUUGAGCUGGGUGUGGUUUCAUUGGGAGGUCUGCUUAUCAUCAUUGCUUUCAUUUUGUUCAUUGUUCGUACUUUACAUUUACGAAAAAUGAGGAGGCGAAUGCUUAUAGGUUUAAUCAACCGUGGUUCUGAAACAAGUCCUCUUUUGUCGUAAUUACUAUUAUUGAGAUGAAGGAUUUGUGGCACUGCUUCAACAGCAGUAAGGAUGACAAAUGUUAAGCAGUAAAAAUAACUUUGAUGUUGCUAGUGACAAGUUGUAAACAGUUCUUGAGAAAUUGUUGCGUUUCAACUAAUCAUUUGCAACUCUCUUUUUCAUUAGUAAAGUAAUUAAAUUGUAAAGUCAGUUAUCUUCCCUGAUUUGGUUUUGGGAAAAUUCUGUAGGUUUGUUAGGAGACUCUCCAAGGCAUUCUUAAUGUCCAGUUCUCUUUUAAAGGAGAUGUGAAUUAGGGAAGGAGGCAAAGUCCUGCAAAGCAGAGAAUAUUUUAGAAAGUUAAUCUGAAGGAUUGAUAAAAUUAAUCAAAAUUGUAAUUCGUCAAAAGGUUUGGAUAAAUACUUAUUAGUAUAAUAAGAACUGUCAUCAUGUUUCAGUGUUUGGUUAGGGAAACACUCAUAGUUACCAUUACAUUCAGCUUUUUUAGAACUAAUAAGCAUUUUGUAUGAAGAAUGAAAUGGAGAUUAUUUAUAUGAAGAGAUAUAUUUUUAUAAUCUCAGUGAUACAUGGAAAAAUUUAAUUGAAAAAUUAGUUAAGAGAAUAUGGUUUUUUAUUAUCUAACUACACAAAGAAGAGAACAAACAAUGUGCAAAUAGAGCACAGAAAUCUUGUGAUAUUUUACAGAAAGUUAUUUUGUACUGUAAAAAAACCUGUUGAAGUGCUCAGCUGUGUGCCCAAGGCUUUUUAUCUUCAUUGUAUUUCCUGCCUUGUGAGAAAUAAGCAGCAACACUUGGCAGGAAAAUAGGGGUUGGAUGAUAAAUAACUUAUCAGACUUUUUGGUGUGAAGUAUUGCUUAAUAUUUUUACACAAUGUUUGUAUUUUGAUUGGCCCCAUGGGCUUGUCAAAAUACGGCACAACUUGUAAAAAUACUCAGCGAUACUACAAACCAAAACAUCUGGUAAGAUAUACAUAUCAAGGUAACACCCUCUUGCAGAUAAGUUGUCAAUAAUUUCUCAUUAUUUCUUCAGCUGGAUAAAGUAUGAAAUUGUGA